AUGAUUAAGCGCCCGGAAGGAGCAUUGCUUCAUGAGCCAUAUUGUCCAAUGGAAAUUAAGCAUGAGCUGACUUUAAACGGACCAGCACAAAGUGCAAAAAAACUGUUUGAACCGGAAGCUGCAGUACUUGACCCCCAGUUAAAUGAAGCUGUUUCGCUUGGAACAACAAUUAUGGCUGUUUCAUUCAAAGGAGGUGUCGUACUUGCCGCGGAUUCUCGCACCUCCACAGGGACCUACGUGGUGAACAGGGCAAGCAAUAAAUUGACGAAAUUGUCCGAGAAAAUAUACUGCUGCCGCAGUGGAUCUGCCGCAGACACUCAAGCCCUGGCCGAGCAAACAGCCAAUUAUUUAGAAAGCUAUGAGAUAGACACAUCUAAGCCAGUAAACGUCACGACCGCCGCUAAUAUCUUUAAAAAAUUAUGCUAUAUGAAUAAAUGGAAUAUUUCAGCUGGUAUUAUUGUGGCAGGGUAUGAUCCUCUAAAUGGUGGAUCUGUCUAUAGCAUCCCUUCUGGUGGAUCGUGUGUAAAGUUGGACUACGCCUUGGGAGGAAGCGGUUCUAUCUUCUUGUAUUCGUUUUUUGACGCCAAUUACAAAACGGGUAUGAGUAAGGAGGAGUGUGUUUGCUUUUGUCAGCGAGCUGUUGCACACGCCUACAGUCGUGAUGGAUCUAGUGGUGGACUGAUAAGAACCAUUGCCCUACACCAAGGUGAACCAGAAGAUAUGACCAUUCCUUGGACGAAAACACCUUAUUGUAUGGAGAAGGAUCCAAAAUACCGUGAUUUGGCUGUGCAAAAUCCUCCAUUCAGCAGCUCUGCGAAAAUAACUGUGAACCAGAGUCGUUCAGAACGCAUAUAG